UCGAUUUAUACUUUUACGUUGUAUAGAUUUGAAAAUAGAAAAUGUUCAUCAAAGAAUUAUUUUUAUUCAGUUUGUUAUGUCUAGCUGCUUUAGCCGAGAAAGCACGCUAUGAUAGUUAUCCAGUUUACAAAGUUAUACCACAAACUGAAGAACAAAUAAAAUUAUUGCUUAAAUUUGAAGAUGUUAGUGAUAGCGUUAUUCUCUUACAUGGUGCACAUCAAGUUGGUGAAAGCAUUAAUGUAGUUGUGGCUCCACAUAAAGUUCCAGAUUUUUUACAAACUUUAAGACAAAAAGGAGUUUUCCCGGAAUUGAUUGAAAAAAAUUUUCAAUCACAUAUCGAUGAGGAAUCACGUUACAGCGUCGCACGUGGUCGUAGCUUUUAUGGAUGGAAACAAUAUUAUGAUUUAGAAGCAACUUACGAGUUCUUAAGAGAAACAGCAAAAAAAUAUCCAAAUAUUGUUGAAUUAGUCCAAGGUGGUAAAUCAUAUGAAGGACGUGACAUACUUGGGGUUAAAUUAUCAUACAAAGCUGGUAACAAAGCAAUUGUUCUUGAAGGUGGUAUUCAUUCUAGGGAAUGGAUUUCUCCAGCAACAGUUACAUAUAUUUUAAAUCAAUUAUUAACAAGCGAAAACGCAGCAACACGCCAAAUUGCUGAAAACUUUGAUUGGUAUUUCUUCCCCAAUACUAACCCAGACGGAUAUGUAUAUACACACAAAACUAACCGCAUGUGGAGAAAGACUAGAUCUCAAAAUGGAAUAUGCUAUGGUGCUGAUCCAAAUCGUAAUUGGGAUCUUGCAUGGAAUACCGUAGGAACAAGUUCAUUACCUUGUUCUGAUACUUAUGCUGGAAAAUCUGCUGAAUCAGAAGUCGAAGUUAAAUCUUUUGUUGCAUUCUUGAAAACUUUAAAAGGAAAAAUUGAAUUAUACAUUUCGUUCCAUUCAUUCUCUCAGCUUUUACUUUUCCCAUACGGAUAUACUUCUAAAGCCCCAUCAAACUACAAUGACCUGAAAAGGAUAGGAGAUGUAGCAGCUAACGCAUUAGCCCAACGCUAUGGAACCAAAUACACAGUCGGCGAUAUUUAUCAUACAAUUUACCCCGCUUCUGGCUCGUCUAUAGAUUAUGUAAAUGGCGCUCUUGAUGUACCUUUAACUUAUUGUUAUGAAUUAAGACCCAGAUCUGGUGGAAUGGACGGAUUUAUGUUGCCAGCAGAACAAAUUAUCCCAACUGGCGAAGAAACAUUAGAUUCUCUUACAGCUAUGAUUAAUGAAGCUGUUAAACUAAAAUAUUUUCAAAAAUAAAUAUUAAUUUGAUUUUAAUCAAAUUUUUAAAUUUAAAGGGCUAAUACAAAAUGACGAUAAUUUAAAAUAAAAACUAGUCUAGAAAAUUG